AUGAUCAGUGUGGCCUCAGAAGUGCCACCUGUCAGUGCUGAUCAUGCCACGUGCCAGUGCCACAUCAAUGCCACAUAUCAGUGCAUACCAGUGCACAUCAAUGCCACAUAUCAGUGCCCAUCUGAGCUGCCUUUCAAUGUCACCCAUCAGUGCCAGUCAGUGCCACCUAUCAAUGUCAAUCAGUGCCACCUAUCAGUGCUGCCAAUCAGUGCCACCUAUGAGUGCCAGUCAGUGUCACCUAUCAGUGCGCAUCAGUGCCAGUCAGUGCCGCCUAUCAGUGCCAGUCAGAGCCGCCUAUUAGCGUGCAUCAGUGCCACCUAACAGUGCCAAUCAGUGCUGCCUAUCAGUGCCAGUCAGUGCCGCCUAUCAGUGCCAUAUAUAUCAGUGUCAUGUAUCAGUGCUGCCUUUCAGUGCCCAUCAGUGAUGCCUGUCAAUGCCCAUCAGUGCAACCUACCAGUGCCUCCUCAUCAGUGCCCAUCAGUGCCACCUAUCAGUGUCCAUCAGUGCAGCCUAUCAGUGCCCAUCACUGCAGCCUCAUUAGCGCACAUCAGUGAAGGAGAAAAAUUACUUAUUUACAAAAUUGUAUAACAAAAACUAAGAAAAAAUGUUUUUUUUUCAAAAUUUUCAGUGGUUUUUGGUUUGUUUAAGAAAAAAUAA